AUGUUUCCUCAGAGGAACAAGGAAAGUGUUUUCGUGCCUCUCUUCAAAAGGCAGGUCGACGUCAUAGUCUUAUUGGCCUCGUUCCCCUGUGCCUUAUCGCGACCCCUCACUGAAGCUCCCUCAACAUCAGCCACAUGUUCGUGUAAGUGGAGAAACAUCACGCCGCUCAGGUACCUCGUCUUGCGCAGAGGCCAUGGACGGGAGCCUGAGGUGCCCGGCGCAACUGCAAGCUGCUGCAACUCGAACCUCCCUCUAACAUCAUCCAUCUUUAUUGCCGUGCCCUCAAUCAUCAACAUUGGCAUCGGGCAUCAGUCACUCUCGUCGCAUCCUAUCCUUCUUCUGUUGCCAGGCCAUAAUCAAUCCAGACCCUCUUCAUAA